UUGGCGGGAAGCGGUAAAGCUGAGGCUUUGCAGAUUUGGCGCGAGCGCGGUUUGGCUUUACUGCUGCUGGUGUGUAGUUUAUUCGGGAGCUUGACUGAAGAAUCCCUGAAGCCGUGUGCGAGAGACGUGAGGAAGAGCAGGCACUGAGCCGUGUUGCCAUCAUGCCUCAAACCCGAUCCCAGUCACAGGCUACAAUCAGUUUUCCAAAAAAGAAGGUGUCUCGGACAUUGGACAAAGCUAAAAUCUCUGGAGACACCAAGCUAGAACUGACCAAUCUCCAGGCCACACGCCGUUCUGUAAAAAUUCUGCCUCUAAGCCCCAGAAAACGUCUCGGUGAUGACAAUCUGUGCAACACUCCCCAUUUACCACCCUGUUCUCCACCAAAGCAAGGCAAGAAAGAGAAUGGCCCCCCUUGCUCACGUUCACCUAAGGGGCGCAGAUUGGUAUUUGACAAUCAGCUGACAAUGAAGUCUCCUAGCAAAAAAGAACAAACCAGAGCUCACCAAAACAAAAUCCGUUCGUCAGGCAGAAAAGGUCAAGAGAUCACAACAAAUUCUGAGCAGAGAUGUCCACUGGAGAAAGAAUCUGCAUGUGUGAGACUGUUCAAGCAAGAAGGCACUUGCUACCAGCAAGCAAAGCUGGUCCUGAAUACAGCUGUCCCGGAUCGGCUGCCUGCCAGGGAAAAGGAGAUGAAUGUCAUCAGGAAUUUCCUGAGGGAGCACAUCUGUGGGAAAAAAGCUGGAAGUCUUUAUCUUUCUGGUGCUCCUGGAACUGGAAAAACUGCCUGCUUAAGCCGAAUUCUGCAAGACCUUAAGAAGGAACUGAAAGGCUUUAAAACUAUCAUGCUGAAUUGCAUGUCCUUGAGGAGUGCCCAGGCUGUAUUUCCAGCUAUUGCUCAGGAGAUUUGUCAGGAAGAAGUAUCCAGGCCAGCUGGGAAGGACAUGAUGAAGAAACUAGAAUACCAUAUGACUGCAGAGAAGGGCCCCAUGAUUGUGUUGGUGCUGGACGAGGUGGAUCAGCUGGACAGCAAAGGGCAGGAUGUAUUGUACACACUAUUCGAAUGGCCAUGGCUAAGCAAUUCUCGAUUGGUGCUCAUUGGUAUCGCUAACACCCUGGAUCUCACGGACAGAAUUCUGCCAAGGCUUCAAGCUAGAGAAAAAUGUAAACCUCGGCUGUUGAACUUCCCACCUUAUACCAAAAACCAGAUAGCCACUAUCUUGCAGGAUCGGCUUGAUCUGGUGUCUGGAGUUCAGGUUCUGGACAAUGCUGCAAUUCAGUUCUGUGCCCGAAAAGUCUCUGCUCUUUCAGGAGAUGUUCGAAAGGCGCUAGAUGUUUGCAGGAGAGCUAUUGAAAUUGUAGAGUCGGAUGUCAAAAGCCAGACUGUCCUCAAACCGCUGUCUGAGUGCAAAUCACCCUCUGAGUCACUGGUUCCCAAGCGGGUUGGUCUUAUUCACAUAUCCCAAGUCAUCUCAGAAGUUGAUGGUAACAGAAUGACUUUGAGCAAAGAAGGAACACAAGAUUCCUUCCCUCUUCAGCAGAAGAUCUUGGUCUGCUCUUUGCUGCUCUUGACCCGGCAGCUGAAAAUCAAAGAGGUCACUCUGGGGAAGUUAUAUGAAGCCUAUAGUCACGUCUGUCGUAAACAGCAGGUGGCAGCUGUGGACCAGUCAGAGUGUUUGUCACUUUCAGAGCUCUUGGAGGCCAGGGGCAUUUUAGGAUUAAAGAAGAACAAGGAAACCCGCUUCACGAAGGUGUCUUUGAAGAUUGAGGAGCAGGAAGUAGAGCAUGCUCUAAAAGACAAAGCUUUAAUUGGAAAUAUCUUAGCUACUGGAUUGCCUUAAAUUCUUUUCUUUUAUAGUAAUAUGCUACCCAGAAGUAUCCCGCUGGCAUUUAGAGAGCUCUGGAAUCUUCAUUUUAGUACUUUAUCCAUUCAGGCCUGAAAACUAAUAUGACCUUUUUUUUUUUUUCUUUUUUUCAUUUUAUUUUCUCUUAAAUAAUCUCUACACCCAGCAUGGGGCUCAAACAAAAGUUGCAUGCUCUUCUGACUGAGCUAGGCAGGCGCCCCGAAAUAUGACCUUUUUUAAUGGGAAACUGAUAAAUUUUUAUCUGUAGGUUGAUGAAUAUUAUUAACACAGAGUAAUAAUUUUGGGUCUUAUUUUUAUGCAUUAAAAAUCCAAGUAGACUCUUUUUAAUUAUAUUCACUACGUCCACAUCUUGUGUGUCUCUAACCAGUAUGCUCGUAUUACAGCAUAUAGGAUUUAUAUGGUGGACUAUGCCUGUAUUUACCUCUUAGUUUCUUCAGACAUUGGUGUGUUUUAUAGAACUUUGGGGCUAGAGUAAGAAGAAUGAAAAAGGACGUUCCAGGGAAAUAAGCAAGUCUACAUGGAGAUCUGAGGACACUUUCAUCAAAGAAUUUCUUUCUUUUUGGAGUAUACUGCAUUCACGUUGCACAUACUUCCACAUUGCGACAUUUUAAAGACUCACUGAGUUUCUUGGGCACUCCCAAAGGUUGUGGGGGUGGUAA